AUGGCUUCCUGGCCCCCACCACCACCAGCCAGAAGGCCUCUUGGCACUUAUCGAAUGCUGGCACCAAAUGCCUCUGUUCGAGUUUCUCCCUUGUGCCUUGGUUCAAUGAACUUUGGUGAUGCUUGGCAAGCAUUCAUGGGAAAGUGCGACAAGAAGCAGACCGAGGCGAUUCUUGACUACUACUACGAUGCUGGAGGAAACUUCAUCGAUACCGCAAGCAACUAUCAAGAUGAGGAAUCAGAGAUGUGGAUUGGAGACUGGAUGAAGAGAAGGGGGAACAGAGAUGAGAUGGUCAUCGCUACAAAAUUCACUACUCCAUACAGAGCGGGAAAGGGUGACAAGGAAAUCAUUAUCAACGCUGCUGGCAAUGGAUCUAAAUCCCUUCAUCUUUCACUGGAGAAGAGCUUAAAGAAGUUGCAGACUACCUACAUCGAUGUGCUCUAUGUCCAUUGGUGGGACUACACCUGCUCUAUUCCAGAGCUCAUGCAAUCGCUCAACACUGCCGUGAACCAAGGAAAAGUCCUCUACCUCGGAAUCUCCGAUACCCCCGCCUGGAUUGUAUCAAAAGCCAACGAGUACGCGCGCCAAAACGGCCUCCGCCAAUUCUCCGUCUACCAAGGACAAUGGUCAGCUGAACACCGCGACUUCGAGCGCGAAAUCAUCCCCAUGGCCGCUUCGGAAGGCAUGGGACUCGCACCGUGGGGCGCUCUCGGCGGGGGAGCCUUCAAGACCGAGGCGCAGAGGCAGAACGCCAAGGAGGGCGAGAAACGAAACUUGGGCGGAGCCAGCGAAGCUGCUAUUAAGAUUAGCAAGGUGCUUGAGAAGAUCGCCGCAAAGAACGACGUCCAGCUCACCUCGGUGGCUCUAGCGUACGUUAUGCAGAAGGCUCCAUAUGUCUUUCCAAUCAUCGGUGGCCGGAACAUCGAGCACUUGAAGGGCAAUAUCCAAGGUCUGUCGUUGCAGUUGAGCGGGGAAGAUAUCGAGGAGAUCGAGGCAGCGAAUGCUUUCGAUAUCGGGUUCCCUCACAACUUCUUGGGUGGAGCGAAGGGUGUGAAGAGCCCAGACGAUGUUUGGCUUAUAAAGAUGGCUGGUUAUACGCAACAUGUUGCGUGGCCACAGCCCAUUGGCGCUAUCGAGAAAUCCCAAAGAUGA